AUGUUGCCCCUCGAAGGCCGCUCCGAGUCGAUCUUCAUCAUCACCACUGUUUUCCUUGGUAUCUCAUUCAUUGCUGUUUGUUUGCGAUGCUUCGUGCGACUACGCAUUGUGAAGGCCUUUGGGUGGGACGAUGCAUUCAUGGUGUGCGCAAUGGUGCUUAACACUUUGUUCGCGUUAUGCGGCAUCACUGGAGCCUUGUAUGGCAUUGGACAAAAGUCUCAAGUGCUUCUUGUAAGGGGCACCAUGGAGACUGCGAUGUUUUGGUGGUGGCUCGGUCAAACGAGCUAUGUCUGGACAUGCGCGCUGGCCAAGAUCUCAAUCGCAUUGGCCCUUCUCCGCCUGACGGUCGCCAAGAUUCAUAGACUCAUUCUCUACUCAGUCAUCGGCGUGACAUGUGUCAUUGGCCUUGUGUUCUGGUUUAUGUUGACUCUUCAAUGCCAACCGGUCUCGUUCUUCUGGCAACGAGUUCGCCUUGAGUUGGAUCCGAAAGCUGGCAUUUCUGGAACCUGCAUGAAUCUCGACAGUAUCAUUGCCAUUGCAUACGUCUACAGUGUCACUGCUACAUGUUGUGAUUUGACUCUGGGUCUUCUGCCCGUCUUCCUGGUGUGGAACUUGCAGAUGAACACAAGAACCAAGGCUGCCUUGGCCGCAAUUUUGGGAAUGGGAUGCGUUGCAAGUGCAGCGGUCAUUAUCCGUAUACCCUUCCUUCAUGAUUACAAGGAUAAAGACUUCCUAUACGCAACCUCCAACAUCUCAAUCUGGUCCAACGUCGAAGCAAGUCUAGGAAUUGCAGCAGGUAGUCUGGUCACGCUCCGGCCUCUUUUCCGCUGGUUCCGUGACCCCAGCUCAGGCGGCGAUAGCAAAAGCAGAAGUAAAAGCAAGCGCACUGGAGGGAGCGUUCCUCUGUCCAGUGUCAACGCAGUGAGAUCUAAUACAUCCGGUACACAGUACUGGCGACCUGACUUGGAGGAUGAAUCGCAUACGCAUAUCACGACGGUCCAUACCUCCAACCAUGCUAGUCGGACAAGUAGCCAGGAAGAGCUGCACCCCAAGCACAGUGGCACCUUCUUUCAGGGUGUGAACGUGCAAAAGACAUUUUAUGUCUCGGCAGAUCAAGCAUCCUAG